AUGUGGCAAUUACUAUAUCGAUGCAUUGACGAAGAACGUCAUCACCGUGUAAUAUAUGAAGAAGGUGCAGAUAGUUGUUUCCGGAUUUGGUCAGUCACUCUACAUAAUCUCAUUAGAGGACCUGACCUCCAAUCGAAACAGGACUGCCGUGAUUCUGGCCAGAGAAGCUCCGUUAUUGUUGCCGGAUCAGUGAGCGAUACGCUUUGCUUAGUAGUGAUAAGAACAUCGCCCACAGCGAUCGAAGCUUUGAAAGCUUUUCCUAAAGUUAUGAGUCAAAAAGAGAAUUUGCGAUCGCAACGAGUUCACGUCUUGACAGGGAGGAACGCAUCAUAA